GUGAUAUGGAAACUUUUGUCCCACCUGCCCAAACCAGCCAGCGCCGCGAGAGCCGGACCGAGGAAGUGUUUUGGCCCACGUCACAAAUCUGCAGAAUCGUUGCAGAUAAUGAAAUGGUAGUGUUUUUGGGGGGGUGGGAAAGAUGCUCGGUGAGCAUUUGAGUCCUGAUUUGCGCCCACUGCUUGAAGAAUUCUUGAAAGUCAUGAGAGCCCGCCGUCAUCCUUGGGACUAUCCGCGCGACAAGUGGAGGGCAGCAGCAGACCUGGCGCAGUAAGAGACUCGGAGCAAUCAUCUUGGCCUCGCAGCAGAAAAACGAAGAAGAAAAAGAGGAGAAGAAGGGGAAAAAAAACCCACCGCGGCACCACAAUGGCACGAGACCACCCGGAACGGACGAAUGUGUUCGAGCGCCUCUUUCGGACGAAAAGGCUCGUCUUCCGGGCGCUCGAGAACAGCCCCGAGCACACAGCCUUCCUCCGCGACAUGGUGAUGGACGAGCCCGAGACCUACGCGCAGAGCACCGACCGGCUCCUCGCCCCCGUCACCAUCGAAGAGGUCGAGAACGACGUGGCCGGGCUCGUCAAGUCCCUGCUGGCCGUCAUCAUCUGCCUGCGGCCCGACCAGGACGACGAAGACGAAGAAGAGGAGGACUCGGACCGCGAAUCCCACCGCUCUUCGCCAUCCGACCCACACCAAACCACCGGCCUCACCGCCAUCGGCUGGCUCUCGCUCUCGUGCCACGCCCUGACGCUGCACCACCGCUCCUGCACGCUGGGCAUCAUGAUCGCCGCCGCGCACCAGGGCGAGGGGUACGGGACCGAGGCCAUCAACUGGGCGCUGGACUGGUCGUUCCGCGUGGCCGGCAUGCACGCCGUGCGCCUGUCGUGCUUUAGCUUCAACGAGCGCGCCGCCAAGCUGUACACGCGGCUGGGGUUUGUGCGGGAGGGCGCCACGAGGGAGGCCUAUUACUUUGACUGCAAGUGGUACAACCGCAUCUUGUUUUCGAUCUUGGACAGGGAAUGGGCUGCCAAACGGGGUCUCGAGAAGACCAAGAACAAUUGAAGACAGAGGGUCGUUGAAGAUGUUGCAGACGGAGACAGCGAGGGUGGGUGCCUAUAAGGGUAUGUCUUUUAGCUUGGUGAGGUAGAGUGCUUUUUUUUCGUGUAGAUGAAAAGGGUGGAAAUGUCAAGUUCAAUUUUGCAU